GCCGCCGCCCCGAGACACAUCCCGAGAAGCAACCGCCACAUCCUGGUCCUUAUGACCCCGUGACCUGCCGGGCACGUGAGUAGGUCAGCUGAUAGGGGCAAGAUGGCGGUGUGUGUGGCGGUCAUCGCCAAGGAGAACUAUCCAUUGUACAUUAAAACUGUCCCAACGGAAAAUGAGCUGAAAUUUCACUACACAGUUCACACUUCACUGGAUGUCGUGGAGGAGAAGAUCUCAGCUGUUGGGAAGGCACUCGUGGAUCAGAGGGAGCUCUACUUGGGAUUACUUUACCCCACUGAGGAUUAUAAAGUAUAUGGCUAUGUCACCAACACUAAAGUGAAAUUCGUUAUUGUCGUAGAUUCUUCCAAUAUCGCACUGAGGGACAAUGAAAUCCGCAGCAUGUUCAGAAAACUCCAUAAUUCCUACACAGAUGUCAUGUGCAAUCCAUUCUACAACCCGGGAGAACUGAUUCAGUCCAAGGUCUUUGAUAACAUGGUUUCGGGCAUGAUGGUUCAGGUCUGCUGAGGCCCUGAAAAUCUGUGGAAUUCCUGCUCUCCCCCAGCUCUGUGCUGUGUACCAGCUUCUCCAAAAGUUUCCAGGACAGCUUUCAGUGACACAAAUGUCCUGAAUAAAAUGAAAAAUCACACAAGAUGCCAUCGGAUUCUAUGUUAAUUUAUUUAAUUUAUGGGCUGAAAGUUUCAUCAAGACUACAGUGUUUGUUACAUAAAUUUGCAUAAGACUUUUGAUUCAAUCCAACAUCUAAUCAUUCCUAAUUUAACAUCCUCUUUUUUAGCAGUUUGUUUUGUGAUGUUUAUCUUGUAUUUCCUGGCAUGAUGAGUGGGGUUGGGUGGCAUGAGGAGUAGCUUAAAAGAUGAUACUCUUGGAGUGUGUAAAGUGUGUAUAUCUUACCUGGUUAUUUCCCAGAAGCAUAGAGGAAAAGGAGAAAAUGAAUCAUGACACUCGAGACUGUUGUACAAUUGUGUUAUAAAGAGUGAAUACCCCAGUAAAACUCAUUCAGCAGCUUAACCUGUCUAAUAUCUAAGACUUGUGUGUCCUGACUGCAGGGCUGAGUCUGUGUGGAAUUGGAGGGAGAUGCCCUUUUAUAUGAGGGAGCAGGACAUUAGAUAUAGUUUUACCAAUGCUGAGGUGUUAAUUGGUUAACUGAAUCCUUUAUUUGCUGAUUCUUCCACAUCUAGCAUUGGCUGUUCUUCUCACUAAUUCGAGGAAGCAGUGUCCUGAUUGAAUCCAGGCAUCUCAUCUUCAAUUUGAGAAUUGGAAGUGCCCCAAAUAUUUGGAUUCUAUGGGUUUCUCUCCAUGCUGUUGAAUGGAGAUGUUAAAGGUUUGAUAACUAAUAGUUUGUUAGAUACAUAGUGUCUAUUAUUUGAGUUUAUGCAUAUAUUGCCCUUUGCUGGUGCAUGUGCUCUGAAUUAGAAAUAUAAUUUGAGGCUCAUCUCA